AUGACCAAACCACCGCAGACGGCUGAAGAAAUUCCAAAAGUGGAUGAUGAUAUUGGUAAAGCCCAGGAAGGUUCUAAAACAGAUGAUGAAGUUGUUCAAAGGGAAGAAGAAGCCAUCAAACUGGAUGGCCUAAGUGUGGCACAGAUGAAAGAACUGAAAGAUAAAGCUGAAAAACAUGUUUUUCAAGCUGAAGUUGACAGAAUGAUGAAGUUGAUUAUAAACUCUCUCUACAAGAACAAAGAGAUAUUCCUGCGAGAACUCAUCUCCAAUGCAUCGGAUGCACUUGAUAAGAUAAGAUUUUUGUCAUUAACUGACAAUACAGCUAUGGGAAGUAAUGCUGAGCUUUCAAUAAAGAUAAAGACAGACAAAGACAAUCAUGUCCUACAUGUUACAGACACCGGUGUUGGGAUGACGAAAGAUGAUUUAAUAAAAAAUUUAGGUACUAUUGCUAAAUCGGGAACAAGUGAAUUUUUAACAAAAAUAGGAGAGGCAAAAUCUCAACAAGAAACAAGUGAUCUUAUUGGCCAGUUCGGAGUUGGGUUUUACUCUUCCUUUUUAGUGGCAGAUAAAGUUGUGGUUACCUCAAAGCACAAUGAUGAUGAUCAAUACAUAUGGGAGUCAGAUGCUGUUUCCUUUUCAACCGUUGCUGAUCCUAGAGGAAACACUUUGGGUAGAGGAACGACCGUAAGCCUCCAUUUGAAAGAAGAAGCACAUGAAUAUCUAGAACUCAGCAAAAUUAAAGAUCUUGUCAAAAAAUACAGUCAGUUUAUAAAUUUUCCUAUUUAUGUCUGGGAAAGCAAGGUUGAGAAAGUAGAGGAUGAAGAAACAGAAGAAAAACUAGAUUCAGUAGCUGAUGAAGAUGAAGAUGGAAAAGUGGAAGAGGAAAAAGAAAGUAAAAAAGAAAAAAAAACAAUUGAAAAAACAGUUUGGGAUUGGGUAUUGAUUAAUGAAAGCAAGCCUAUUUGGACUAAAAAACCAACUGAGGUUUCAGAUGAAGAGUAUGAUGAUUUUUAUAAAAGUUUCACAAAAGAUACAGAAAACCCUCUUGCAAAAUCCCACUUUACUGCAGAAGGAGAAGUUACUUUUAAAUCAAUUCUUUACAUUCCAAAAUCGUCUCCCAUUGAUAUGUUUCAAAAUUAUGGAAAAAAAUAUGAUUUCAUCAAAAUGUUUGUCAGACGUGUUUUUAUAACUGAUAACUUUGAGGAUAUGGUUCCAAAAUAUCUAUCUUUUCUUCGUGGAGUGGUUGAUUCAGAUGAUCUUCCUCUUAAUGUUUCAAGAGAAACUUUACAGCAACAUAAAUUGCUAAAAGUAAUUAAGAAAAAAUUGGUUAGAAAAGCGUUGGAUAUGAUUAAAAAAAUCAGCGAAGAUGAUUAUAAAAUAUUUUGGAAAGAGUACAGCACAAAUAUCAAACUUGGAACAAUGGAAGAUCAUUCCAACCGCACGAGACUGGCUAAACUCUUGAGAUUUUAUUCGUCAAACUCUGAUACUGAGCUAACAUCAUUAGCUCAGUAUGUGGAAAGAAUGAAAGAAAAACAAGAGCACAUAUAUUUUAUUGCUGGCACUAGCCGCUUGGAAGUUGAAAAAUCACCAUUUGUUGAGAGAUUGCUGAAAAAAGGAUAUGAGGUAUUGUACCUAAUAGAGGCUGUUGAUGAAUAUUGCAUACAGUCAUUACCAGAAUUUGAAGGCAAAAAGUUCCAGAAUGCUGCUAAAGAAGGUUUAAAACUAGAUGAAUCUGAAAAAAUGAAACAAAAGAGAGAAGAGUUAGCCAAGGAAUAUGAACCUCUCCUGACUUGGAUGAAGGAUGAUGCUUUAAAAGAUAAGAUUGAGAAAGCUGUCAUAAGUGAACGUCUAACAACAUCUCCGUGUGCUCUUGUAGCAAGUUCGUUCGGUUGGUCUGGAAAUAUGGAGAGAAUUAUGAAAUCUCAAGCUUACCAAAAAACCAAUGAUCCUAACAAUCAGUACUAUGCCAAUCAAAAGAAAACGUUGGAAAUAAAUCCUUACCACCCUCUUAUCAAGGUACUUAAAAAUAGAUUGGAUACUGAUAAAGAGAAUCCAACAACUGCUGAUCUGGCUGUUGUUUUAUUUGAGACAGCCACUCUCAGGUCGGGAUAUUCUGUUGGAGACACUGCACAAUUUGCGGAGCGAAUUGAAAGAAUGUUGCGACUUAGCAUGAAUGUGCCAUUACACGAAAAGGUUAUAACUACAACAUAA